CUCUAAACCCAAAGAAAACUCCCAUCCGAGCUAUUUGUUCUCGGUGAAGUAGAUUCUCUCAUAGCUCGCUUCCGACUUCUAAAACCUUCCUUGCUGCCAAAUUUUCUACCGAAUAUAAGCAAAGGAGACCAUCAAUCCUUCACACAGAACUGCAGGUCAUUGGGUAGAUGGCAUUUGUAGUAAAACUUCCGAUUACAGUGAGUAUUUCUUCACAAUGUAAGGUUGGAGGAAUUUCUGGGUGUAAACUUAGAAAUUCUGGGUUUCAAACUAUGCCUAGAACAUUGGUUUCAGCUGUAAUGUCAAGUAACACUGCUCAGAAUGUGGAAAAUCUUUCUGUCAAGGCUAAAGAUAUUGGAUUGCCUAUUAUGGUUAAUAGUUGCAUGGGCAAGAUGGGAAAGGCAGUUAUUGAAGCAUCAAUUAAUGCAGGCCUUCACAUCAUUCCUGUAUCAUUUGGUGCUCAGGAAGAGAGUGGGCAAUCUGUCCAAGUGGGCAAUAAAGAAAUUCAGGUCCACGGUCCAUCAGAAAGAGAAGAUGUUCUUGCCUCCGUGUAUGAUGAAUAUCCAAAUCUGAUCGUGGUGGACUACACAAUUCCUAACGCAGUGAAUGAUAACGCAGAGUUGUAUUGCAAAAUUGGGGUACCUUUUGUGAUGGGAACCACUGGUGGAGACAGGGAGAGACUUCAUAAAACUGUGGAGGAUUCAAAAAAUUAUGCUGUCAUAUCACCCCAGAUGGGAAAACAGGUUGUAGCAUUUCUCGCAGCCAUGGAAAUAAUGGCCGAGCAAUUCCCUGGAGCUUUUGCUGGAUAUUCUUUACAAGUUAUGGAGUCUCAUCAAGCCAAUAAAAAGGAUGCCUCCGGGACUGCUAAGGCUGUUAUCUCAUGCUUUCAGAAACUUGGAGUGGACUUUGAUAUGGAUCAGAUACAACUAGUAAGGGAUCCCAAGUUGCAAAUUGAGAUGGUUGGCGUCCCGGAAGAACACAUAUCUGGUCAUGCAUUUCACAUGUACCACCUGACGUCCCCUGACCAAACGGUAUCAUUUGAGUUUCAGCAUAACGUGUGUGGACGAUCUAUAUAUGCUGAGGGUACCGUGGAUGCUGUGCUGUUCCUAGCAAAAAAGGUUCGAUCCAAGGCUGGGAAGCGGAUAUACAAUAUGAUUGAUGUCUUGCGUGAAGGAAACAUGCGAUGAUUUCUCCAGAUAUUCGUUCAUGAGAGGAUCAUUUAUAAUUCUCUUCUAUUGUUUUGAGCUUUAUGAACAAUUCUAGAACUAUAUAUUUGUUGCAUUGUAUUUGUAAGGAGGAAAUUCAGAGUAACGAGCUUAGCCCGGAAUUUUGUAGUCUAGUUAUUGAGUUGCCUCAGUGAUCUGUACCUGUUAUGUACGCCUGAAUUCAACAUCAGACCCUUUUUUAUAUUUAUCAAUGGUGAUAGAACCCAAUCGCUAUCUGAAAUCCAUUGAAUCAAAUUACAAUAUUUUCUUGUUUGAA